AACUGGUUUCGUCCGCCCGCCCGCCCAAAUUCUCACAGGCUUCCAAAAGUCAAAUCACCAAACCAACAACCUAGUACCUCGCCCAACCCCCACAGAUGUAUCUUACCCCAAAACCACACACAGAGAUCACUAGCAAUGGCACCCGCAGUAGCCUCUUUCACUCUCUCCAGACUCCUCUCUUCCCCCAAACCUUUCUCUCUUUCCACCUCUCUCCUCCCCCUCAAACUCCGUUCCCAGCGCCCAAAACCCCUCAAAUUCUCCUCCUUCUCCACCACCACCACCACCAUUUCAAAAAUCUCCGCAAUCUCAGUCGGAAACAAACUCCCCGAAUCCACCUUCUCUUACUUCGAUUCCGCCGACGAACUCCAAACCACCACCGUCUCCGACCUCACCAAGAACAAGAAAGCCAUCCUCUUCGCCGUCCCCGGGGCUUUCACGCCAACUUGCUCCCAAAAACACCUUCCGGGUUUCGUCGAAAAAGCAUCAGACCUCAAGUCCAAAGGGGUAGACACAAUCGCUUGCGUUUCGGUCAACGACGCCUUUGUGAUGAAGGCGUGGAAGACUGAUUUGAAGAUUGGCGAUGAAGUCUUCUUGUUGAGUGAUGGGAAUGGGGAUUUUACCAAGGCAAUUGGGUGUGAGUUGGAUUUGAGUGAUAAGCCUGUUGGGUUGGGUGUGAGGUCAAGGAGGUAUGCAAUGUUGGUUGAAGAUGGGGUUGUGAAGGUGUUGAAUUUGGAGGAAGGUGGUGGUGCUUUUACGUUUAGUGGUGCUGAAGAUAUGCUCAAAGCUCUGUAA